AUGUCAGCCCAGUUUACAAUCCCCAAAACUCAAACUGCUUGGUUCUACAAGCCUGGCUCUAAUGCCCUCCACAAACGCACAAUUCCUGUCCCUACCCCACCACCAGGUUCAGUUUUGUUGCGCAUUGACGCUGCUGGUGUAUGCCAUUCUGAUUUACACAUUCUUCACGGCGGUAUUCCUUACAAUUCUGAAUUUAUCCCAGGCCACGAGAUUGCUGGAACCGUGGUUGCUCUCGGAUCAAGCGUCGAUCCAAAUCAGUUCCCCGUUGGUUCCCGCUACGCUGUGCAUUCUCAAAAUGCAUGCGGUCUCUGUGGUCUAUGCCGCUCAGGUCACGACAAUAUCUGCCAAGCUAAAACCCGUCUCCAGAUCGGCCUGGGCCACCCGGGUGGCUACGAAGAGUAUACAGCUCUUCCUAUCCGCAAUCUGAUCCGUAUCCCGGAUAACGUCCCUACAGAGGUUGCAGCUGUGGCCACCGAUGCAGUUUUGACCCCUUACCACGCCCUGAAAAAGGCUAAUAUUAACGGCUCCACUCGUCUGCUGGUGCUCGGUCUAGGAGGUCUUGGUAUUAACGCUGUUCAGAUUGCCAAAGCUUGGGGUGCACAUGUAACUGCUAUGGAUCCUCGUGCAGAAGCCUGUGAACUUGCACUGAAAAGUGGUGCAGAUGCUGCUCUUCAAAAGUUCCCCCCACGUUCCCUCAACUUUGAUGUUGUUGCUGAUUUUGCUGGUGUCAAGAGCUCUUUUGAAAUGGCCCAGAAACACGUCCGCCAUCUUGGAACUAUUUUGACUGUUGGAAUGGGAGCCAAUAUUACUGAGUAUCAGAAUACCAAAAUGUCCUACAAGGAAAUGACGACUAUUGGAUCUUUGGGAGGUACAACCCAAGAUCUUGCUGAGUGUCUGGAAAUGAUUUCCAAGGGUGUUAUCAAGCCCCAAAUUGAAGAAAACAAGCUAAACGAUGUUAACGAUGUUCUUCAUCGUCUUGAUAAAGGUCAAGCCACCGCCCGUCUUGUCCUUAAGGCUUCUUUAUAA